ACCCCGGUGUCGGCCGCCGCGGUCGCUGCAGUGGCUCCAGCCCGCUGGAACCGAAGUCUCCGUCGCCGGGGUCGCUGGCUGCUCGCGCGUGGCUCGGCCGGGGCCGUAGCCAUGGAGGACUUUAUCGUGAUCUCCGACGACAGCGGCUCCGAGAGUUCGGCCGGGACCCGCUCGGGCAGGGCGCGGAGGCUGCGCCGGGCCCUGUCGCGGACCCCCGGCGCGCUGCCCCGCCGAACCGUGGACUUCAUUGACUUAACUAGAGAAACCAGAACAAGGGCAAAAGAUCGUAAUGGAUUCUGUGUGAUUGAUCUGACAAGAAGUGAGGAAGAAAAUAGGCCUAUUGCCACUCUUGAUUUGACUUUAGAACCUGUGGCUUCCUCUCAGAAGGAGCCAGCCAGUGUUCAGACAUGUACUGGUCUCUCAGGCAAAGAGGCAGUGGAAGCCCCUGGAGACCGAGGCACUCAGCCUGCAGCACAGAGACUCAUUAACAAUGACCCCGUGGACUUGGAUUUGUUGGAAGACAACAUGUUUGAAGGUUCUCGACCCCCUACAUCUGCCAGCCAGGACUCUGUUUACCCACCAGAACCAAACUGCAGCUCGAUGGCCUACAAAGGCGACAUCAGCUUCUUGACCAGCCUGCAGCUCUCUGCAGAGGUUCGCUCCUUCUCCUCCACAAGCAAUAACAGCAGCAGCAAUCAGAGGGCCUCUUUGCCAUGCCCACAGCAGGAUGUGCCUUGCCAACCACAAGGCUUGCUGUGCCAACUGCAGGCCUUAUCAUGCCCACUAAGAGCUUCACCAUGCCCCCCACGAGCUUCCUCAUGCCCACCACAGGCUUUGUUGUGCCCAUCACAAACUGUGCAGUGCCAACUCCAGGCUUUGCCUCAUCCACCUCAAGAAGUGCCAUGUUCCACUCAAGAUGUGCUGUGCUCUCGGCAGAAUAUGCCAAGCACACCUCAAGACUUGUCAUGGCACCCUCAACACCCACUAUACCCACCCCAAGACACUCGAGGCCUACCUCAGGAUGUUCCGGGCCGACCGCAAAACCUGUCAUACCCACAAGAUGUGACACAACUGCAAGACAUGUCAUGGUCACUACAAGACAUGCCGCUGUCACUGCAAGACGUGCUGCAGUCGCUGCAGGGUGUGCCACCAUUGCUGGGAGGUGUGCCCCAGUCGCCAGGAGUGAUGCAGCCACCGGGAGGUGUGACGCAGCCAGCAGGAGGCAUGAUGGGAUCACCUGGAGGAGGUGUGAUACAGUCACCAAGUGUGCCACCACCAUCAGGAGAGAUGCAGUCACCAAGUGUGCCACCAUCCUCAGGAGGUGUGAUAGAGUCACGAGGUGUGCCACCACCAUCAGGAGGUGUGAUAGAGUCAUUAGGUGUGCCACCACCAUCAGGAGGUGUGAUAGAGUCACCAAGUGUGCCACCACCAUCAGGAGGUGUGAUAGAGUCACGAGGUAUGCCACCACCAUCAGGAGGUGUGAUAGAGUCAUUAGGUGUGCCACCACCAUCAGGAGGUGUGAUAGAGUCAUUAGGUGUGCCACCACUAUCAGGAGAUGUGAUAGAGUCAUUAGGUGUGCCACCACCAUCAGGAGGUGUGAGACAGUCACCAGGUGUGCCACCACCAUCAGGAGGUGUGAGACAGUCACCAGGUGUGCCACCGUCACCUAUCAGUGCAUUGCAGUCACCAGGCAGUAUGUCACAGCUACUUGUAGACAUAGCACACUUACCAGGAGAUGUGUCGUGCUCACCACCAGAGUUAGUGGACUUUGCGAGAGACAGGCCAAAGUCUUCCCCAGAUGUCGUACAGAGUCGUGAUGCUCUGAUAGAUAGCUCAGCUCCGUCCUCUCCAGGUUGCUCUUCUAGCCCACUGUCUUCACAGUCUGAUGUUUCUGUAGAAAAAGUUCCUUGGCUCUCUGUCACAGACAGCUCGGCCAAAAAAGAGAGAUCACUGCCACAGCUUGCCAACCCUGGGUCUUCCCAGACACCAGGACAAAUAGCACACGUUGGGGUAUACAGUAGACCUUGCCUGCAUAGACUGAAAUACUUCUUACGACCUCCAGUCCAUCAUCUCUUCUUCCAGACCUUGAUCCCAGACAAAGACACACGGGAGAGCAAGGGUCAGAAAUUAGAGCCCAUCCCUCACCGGAGACUAAGAAUGGUGACAAACACAAUUGAAGAGAACUUCCCUCUGGGGACUGUGCAGUUUCUCAUGGACUUCGUCUCUCCCCAGCAUUACCCACCCAGGGAGAUUGUGGCUCACAUCAUCCAGAAAAUCCUGCUCAGUGGCUCCGAGACUGUGGAUGUCCUCAAGGAGGCCUACAUGCUUCUCAUGAAAAUUCAACAGCUGCACCCAGCCAAUGCCAAGACAGUGGAGUGGGACUGGAAACUGCUCACCUAUGUCAUGGAGGAAGAGGGACAAACUCUGCCGGGACGAGUCCUCUUUCUGCGCUAUGUAGUGCAGACCCUGGAAGAUGACUUCCAACAGAUCUUGAGGAGACAGCGCCAGCACCUACAGCAGUCCAUCGCCAACACUGUUCUGUCCUGUGACAAACAGCCCCACAACGUCAGAGAUGUUAUCAAGUGGCUGGUCAAAGCAGUGACUGAAAAUGAACUAGUGCCGCCCGCCCCCCCAGAUGCAGCCCAGACCUCUGCAGGAACAGGGGUCUUCAGAGCUACCGGUGACCACCUGUCUCCCCAGCCGAACCUGACCAGGAACACCAACCAGCUGGUUGUGUGUCAGCUGCAGAGGAUGCUGUCCAUGGCUGUAGAGGUGGACAGGACACCGACCUGCAGCUCCAACAAAAUAGCAGAGAUGAUGUUUGGGUUUGUGCUCGACAUCCCCGAGAGGAGUCAGAGGGAGAUGUUCUUCACUACCAUGGAAAGCCACCUUCUGCGCUGCAAAGUGUUAGAGAUCAUCUUCCUGCACAGCUGUGAGACACCCACCCGCCUCCCCUUGUCUCUGGCCCAGGCCCUCUAUUUUCUGAACAACUCCACGUCACUGCUCAAGUGUCAGUCAGAUAAAACCCAGUGGCAGACCUGGGAUGAGCUGGUUGAGCAUCUGCAGUUCCUGUUGUCCAGCUAUCAGCAUGUGCUGAGAGAGCACCUCCGGAGUUCAGUGAUUGAUCGCAAAGACUUAAUCAUCAAAAGAAUUAAGCCCAAACCUCAGCAAGGAGAUGACAUCACGGUGGUGGAUGUGGAGAAGCAGAUUGAGGCCUUCCGCAGCCGCCUGGUCCACAUACUGGGAGAACCUCUGGUCCCACAGCUCCAAGACAAAGUGCAUUUGCUGAAGCUGCUGCUUUUCUACGCUGCUGACUUGAACCCCGACACAGAGCCUACCCCACAGCCCUGAGGCAACCAGGCUUCUAAGCACCGAGAAGACCUCCUGCCUGGCCAGCUCCCCGAAGCUCUGAAGUGUGAGCAGCAGUUAGGGAUGUCACAGGACCAAACCUAAACUGUUUAUCUGUAGGUUGUAAUAAGUUUAUAACUCUUCAGUAUAUAUCUUUUUUUUUUUUAUAAUCGUUACCUAGCCUAUUCAAAUAUGGCUUAAAUAUACAAGGUGUAUAUAUUUUUUAUUAAAUUAUUUAUCUAUGCUUUUGAAACAGACAA